AGUGAAGAAGGAAAAGGAGGAGGGAGGUUUUCAGAGAAAGAAGGGCACAUGAUUUAGCAGAAGCAUGUGUGAGUGACUCAACUCACAGGUGUGGCCCGAGACAACGGUUCGUGGACCACGACACUCCGAACUGUCAAUCUUCAAGAACCGCGACGUGUUGAACAUACUUCUUCAAACGGAAGACUACACAUUCUAACUUCAGUAUUGCGAACCCAGACAUCGCCUUUAGGUUAUGCUUUCGUCCAUCAAUGUCCAUAUUGAAGUCAGAAAACCUUUUGGCCUCUCCUUCACCCAGCUACCUAAUGAGUUCAGGGAUUUUGGCAGGAAACAGACACGCUAGCCACUUCUCUUUCACCCAUAACCAAGGAGAGGAAGCGGAAUUGAGAGAUUGAGACUGGAGGCAGCUCAGUGGAUUAAACUUCUGUCUAAAAGAAGUCUAUUUUUUUUCUAAGAACUGCCAAUUGGUGUUCCUGUUUCCGUACAGCUAUGAUACCAACACUGGAAGAGCGUAUGGAAAAAAAGAAAAUGGAUCUUUAACUGUAGUUAAUUACCUCUUUUGUGCGGACAUGGAGGGAGGUGCAAUUGCUUGAUUGAAUAGUCUUGAACUGUAGUGGAGACUUUCAAGCCAAGUCCAUACUGUUGCUGCCAUUAAACGUGGGGAACAAAUGUUUUAAAAACCUUAGGAACUAAGUGUUAAAACAAUGCUACAGUGGACUGAGGGAAACAGAAAGAGGAGAAACUGGUCAUGUCUGACUGGAAUAAAUUGGGAAUCCCCGACAUGUGUUAGUGGGAGGAACUGGAACUGAGGUGGGAUCACAGGCCAUAGACUCCAAGUUAAAGAAGACUUUGGCACUUUGGAACACGGUGUCAACGGCAAUAGAGUUGGACAGUGGAGAUAAAUUAGAAAUUCAACAGGAUUUUUAAACUGCUACAGUAUUUUACAAAAGUUAAUUGUAUUGGAUCUAGGGAACACAGGAUUCUGCUGCAGUAGAACCACAUUCAUUGGAAGAGGAAGAGACAUCCAAGAGAGCUCUUUAAAAUGGCGGGAAAGGACUACAACCAUCUCUUCAAGCUUCUAAUCAUCGGAGACUCCAAUGUAGGGAAAAGCAGUCUACUUCUGCGGUUUGCAGACAACUCCUUCUCUGGCAGCUACAUAACUACAAUCGGUGUGGACUUCAAAAUUCGUACCAUAGACAUUGAUGGGGAAAGAGUUAAACUGCAGAUCUGGGACACAGCAGGGCAGGAGAGAUUCCGAACCAUCACCUCCACAUACUACAGAAACACCCAUGGAGUAAUCAUUGUUUACGAUGUCACAAAUCCGGAAUCUUUUGUGAAUGUGAAGAGGUGGCUAAAUGAGAUUUCUCAGAACUGUGACAACGUUUGUAAGAUUUUGGUGGGGAACAAAAAUGAAGACCCCACCAGGAAACAGGUGGACACCCAGGAUGCCUUGCGGUUUGGGGAGUCAGUGGGAGUCAGGGUGUUUGAGACAAGUGCCAAGGAGAACAUUAAUGUAGAAGAGAUGUUUAUGGAAUUCACUCACAUGGUUCUUCGGGCAAAGAAGCAAAGCCAGAUUCGUACAGAGAAAGAAAGGGAGAGAGAGAAGGACACGGUUCAUAUCAACUCACAUAGAGACAGAGAAAGGAGGAAGAGGGGGAAAAAGUGUUGCUGAAUUAUAGGACCAAUGAAGAAAAAUACAAACAACUGUUCAGACAAUGGCCCUGUUUACAUCUCUAAACAUGAUUGACAGCAACUAAUUGGGGAAAUAUCCCAACCUAGACUAUUGAAUAUAACAUGGAUAAUGGAGGUGUGCAAAGUAAUGUUUUUUAUACACAAUUAAUAGACGUAUUAUUGAAUGGUUCUAUGUUUUCAGAAGAGGCUACACUGGGUAAAAAGGGGUCUGGCUUGAAAUGAAUAGGAUAGACCAAGGGAGAGUUCUGCCAAAGUCUAUCACCAUUGAAUGGGGAAAAGACUGGAAUUUAUUUUGACUUUGCACUAAGAAUGGGUGUCGAGAUGGCAGUGAACCACUUAUGUGCCAAACUUCUUUUGUAGUUAUUUGUGUUUAUUAAUGUCAUUUUAUAAUUGAAAUGGAAACGGCUUCGCAGAAAUGUCAAAACGAUCAUUAAAACCCUAAUCUAGCAACAGA